CUGGCGCCCUGGGAGGAGGAGGAGGAGGCGGUGGCGGCGGCGGCGGCAGCGGUUGCGCCGCGACCAGGAGGAGCCGGUCGCGCCGGGCGGCGGGUCCGCGGCCGGCGGGGGACGAUUGAGAAGAUCUGAUCACCUGGAAUUAAAGUUGGCUCAGAAACCUUUUCAACUGCAAAAAUGUUGGAGGAAGAUAUGGAAGUGGCCAUCAAGAUGGUGGUUGUAGGGAAUGGAGCAGUUGGAAAAUCAAGUAUGAUUCAGCGAUAUUGCAAAGGCAUUUUUACAAAAGACUACAAGAAAACCAUUGGAGUUGAUUUUUUGGAGCGACAAAUCCAAGUCAAUGAUGAAGAUGUCAGAUUAAUGUUGUGGGAUACAGCAGGUCAAGAGGAAUUUGAUGCAAUAACAAAAGCCUACUAUCGAGGAGCCCAGGCUUGUGUGCUUGUAUUUUCUACCACAGACAGGGAAUCUUUUGAAGCAAUUUCCAGUUGGAGAGAGAAAGUAGUAGCUGAAGUUGGAGAUAUACCAACUGUGCUUGUGCAAAACAAGAUUGACCUCUUGGAUGAUUCUUGUAUAAAGAAUGAAGAAGCUGAGGCACUGGCAAAAAAGUUAAAGCUAAGAUUCUACAGAACGUCAGUGAAAGAAGAUCUAAAUGUGACUGAAGUUUUUAAAUAUUUGGCUGAAAAAUACCUUCAAAAACUCAAACAGCAAAUAGCUGAGGAUCCAGAAUUAAUGCAUUCAAGUAGUAACAAAAUUGUAGCUAUAAUUGGUCCUUCCUUGGAACCAUCUGUGGACUCUUGGGUCUCUUUUAUGACACUUAAGGUGUCUUUAAUACAUCUACUGGAAGUCACUCGGGUCAGAAUUCAGGUACCCUUAAUGGUGGAGAUGUCAUCAAUCUUAGACCCAACAAACAGAGGACCAAGAAAAACAGAAAUCCUUUUAGCAGCUGUAGCAUACCCUAAAACACUUUAGGGAGGAAAAAAAGUUGAAUUAUAUUGUGCAAUUCAAUAAGAAACACAUCCAGCUGUCAUGGUAUGUUACAAGAUUUUUUUUUUUUAGCAGACUUUGCACCUAAUGGCUCUGUGAAAGUUGACAGACUUAAAAUAUUGUUCUGCAGUGCUUUUCAGAUGGAGCGAGAUCUUUGGUGGAAAAAUUACUGCCUUGUGGACUCAUUUUAAUUCUUUUACAUCAGACGAAGCUUCUCCUGUUUUUGAAGGAAUGCUAUAAGAAAUGUCCCAAACAGGUUUUGCUGAAUUUUAAGUGCUGGAAAACAUAAGUGGAAUGCCUGAAUGUAUUGGUACAGAUUUUAAUAUUUGUCCAGGAAAGAUAGCAAGCAUUGUAUUUCCGAAAUUGGUUAUACAGCUUUUCUGGAAAGGGGUAUUGAAGUCAAAUACAUACAAAAAAAUAAUAUUGAAAGGUAAACCCUAAGUCUUGCCAGACUGCAUGAGUUUGUAUUUUGGCAAUGUUACUUGUGCAAUAUCUGUAUGGUGUGGGAUGUGGAGGUCUGCAUGCAGAUAUCUGGUACUGAAGUAUACUGAAGGGAUAUUCAGUAUUUAAGGAAACCUAGAAUCUAAUUCGUUAAUUCAUGCAAUCAUUUACACAUUGUGUGUAUGUUGAAAGCUUUUAUUUUCAAAUAAGAAAUUCCAGACAUAUAUUUUGCAAAAUGAGCUCAGAUUUUAAAAGUGCUUUGUGCCAAAAAUAUCAUACCUAAUUUUUACAGUGCUUUACUAUCAGAAUUUAUAUUGUUUAUAUCUUUAAAAAGCAGUUUUCCUCUCUGACAGGGUACAUAAAAGAGGAGUAUAAAUGUUUGAAUGCUUAGAGUAUCUCCCAGGUGAGACAUGUUGCAAACUUUUUCCUGUGUGCACCCAUGAGCAGUGGGGAGCUUGUGCUGGCCGUGCCCUUCUGAAGGUCAAGUGCCCCCUCGGUCAUUCCCGGGGCCUGUGAAGUAUGCUGGUGCACCUUUUGCUGCUGACUGAAAAUGCAGUUUGGAACUUACAAGAUUAUGCUAACAAUUUUUUUAAAUGAAGAAGGGAAGUUCUUUUGUCUUAAUCUGCAUUACGGAUUUUAUAAUGCCCUGCAACUCGAAAGCAUCUUUUCAUUUACACAUUUUUGUAUGGUAUUUUAAGAUUAUCACUUAAAAAUUUCUAUAAACUUCAGUUUGUAUCGCCCCUUCUCAAGAGUUCUGUCAGUACCGAAUACAAAAUAACUUCUUUUGAGAACUGAUUCUCAUAGGUCAUCAUGCGGCAGAGCAUACAUUUUUUGACUUGGGACAGUAGCUUUCCAACUAAGAUACUUGCAUGAACUCUGCUAAUAAGUGAUUAUCAUUCAUCAGUGACUUUGUUUUUAACCCCUUGUGAUAUAUCUGGUUUUUAUAGGAUUUCAAGACAUGUAAAAAUAACUUUUCUUAGAAAAUGUGUCAUGAAAGUCGUUUUUCAUUAUUUGUACUAAAUGCAUAAUGUUGUAUGUAUUUUCCUCCGUCUGUUUCUCUGUCUCUCUCUUUCUAAGUCUUCCAUCUGUACCAUCCGCAUCCCUCUGUCCAGGUGAAUGUUGAGAAGAUAAUAGAAUUUCCUGGUGCAUGUCCUUGCUAAAUGGUCAAGAAUGAAUAUUUGCUCUUCAUAAUAUUGAAAUAAUCUGGCAUUAUCUACUUUAAAGUAAUAUAAAAUGUUAAUUUUUAUGUCAUCGUUGUCUCCACUCCCAUUGCUGGCAGUGGGAUAGGUGUUGGGGGGAUAUAACUCCAUUCCUAACAAUGGGUACCUGGUAAUGAUUCCUCUCCUGUUCUACUCGGUUCAAAUACAGUUUCUUUAAUUUUUGCACAAAACAUUUUUUGUGGUAAAUAAAUCAUUUUGUGGUCUUUAGUAGCCCCCCCAAGAAAAUAAUGUAAUAUGUUGUAGUUCUGUUUCAUAUUAAUUAAAUGUGUGUGGGGAAAAGAUUGUUACUUUUCUAUAUGAAAAAGAUAAUCACUGUUGAUGGUAGAAGUUUCCUGAUAUUUGUAAUAUAAUUGUAUGUAUUUAGUUUUGUCCUUUUUUCUUUUUAUAGGAACUGAAGAGAGAUCUUUUUUUACACAUUUGAAUUUUUAUUUGCACUUGUGUAUUUUAAACCUAACCAUAAUUGGUCAUUUUACAUAACUAAGUAGGUCUGAAAAUCAGUCACAAGUGAUAUGCUAAAUAUUUUCUCAAUUUAAUUCUAAAACCUCCAACAUUCACAUUAAAUUGCCUCCCCAGACCCUUAAUUCUUUUAAAUGACCUUACUGUUAGUUUGUAAUAAAUAAUGGAUACUAAAGAAAACACUGUGGAAGACGAUGGGAUGUUGUUUGUGCUCUCGUGUACUUUUGUACAAGCUGGCUGGUUUUUAGUAUACAGACAGAGAGCUGUGGAGUAACUUCUGAAUUGCAGAGUUCCUCAGCCCUCCUUUCCUCUCUCAAUCGGCCCAGUGAAUUACAUAGCUGAUAGAGUAGCCCAGAUAAGGCAGUAUACGGUUGACCCUUGAACAAGGCCAAUUUGAACCACGUAGGUCCACUUAUAUGCAGAUUUUUUACAGUACUGAAAAUGUAUUUUCUCUUCCUUAUGGUUUUCUUAACAUUUUCUUUUUUCUGACUUACUUUAUAAUAAUAUGGUAUAUAAUACAUACAACGUACAAAAUAUUUGUUAAUGGACAGCUUAUGUUAUCAGUACGGCUUUCAGUCAACCGUAGGCUAUUUGUAGUUCAGUUUUGGGUGAGUCAAAAGUUACACUUGUAUUUUCCACUGUGCAGGGGUCGGUGCCCCUAAUCCCUGUAUUCAGGGAUCAACUAUAUUUUAUCUUAAUUAGUGCCAUGAGAUGAAAUGUGUUGCCAUUAAUUUAGUACCUAUUAUCAGGUGGGAACUAUACAGGGUACCUUGCAAACAUUAAUUUAAUCUUUACAACAAUUGGUGAGUAUUAUUAUUCCCUCCCUUUUUUUCAAAAGAGGAGGAGAAUGAAGAGCUAAGUUUGUCAAAGUCACAUAUUCAAUAGAAACAAAGCAAUUUUCUUUCCCAUUUUGUAACUAUUAUGUUUAUAUAGCCCAGACAUAAAAAGAUGUGCUACCUUCCAUUAUACUUUACAGUCUAAUAUAUAUGAGUGAAUUUGAUACUGCUUUAUAUAUGCAGUUAUAUUUUAUGGAGGAAUUACUACUGCUAGGAACAUUUUAAGCUUAUAAAUGUUCUAUUAUAAUAUUGAUUUCUUGAUGCAUUGUUUUAAAGACAGAAUUAAAAUAAUAAAGAAUAACUAUUUUUCAAUCAAAGUCUAAUUUCUCAUCUGAAAUUAUGGGGAGGGAAGUAUCCUAAAAGACUGAUUCAAUCAUAUUUUAGUGUAUAUUUGAUAGUUUCAUCCUAAAAAUUAAUUAAUUAAAAAUGUGAAGAAAAGCUUUCGGAUUGGGGUUAUAUACAUAAAGAAAAAAAUAAGUUAACCGCUAUCAAGUACAUUAUAAAAGGCUAUGUAAAGGGAAUCCUGGCCAGCCAUUUUUCAUCAAAGUAAAAGACCAAAGUUGAAGGAUUUGGCUUGGUUAUUUUGAUUAUUAAAUGCUGCAGUCAUUUUAAUGAAGUAAGUUAAGCAAUUUCCAUAAAGGAAAAAGUUAAGUAAAAAAAAGUAGGGGUGCCAGGUUGGCUUACUUGUUGGAGCGUGCAACUCUCAAUAUCGGGGUUGUAAAUUUGAGCCCCACAUUGAGUGCAGAGAUUACUUUAAAAUCUUCAAAAAAAAA